AUGGAAGUACAAAUUUCUCCAACCAAGAAUGUAGAGAAUAUUUCUUCAAAUAGAGAUGAGGAUUUAUAUAAAAAUACUGAACAAAAUGAUGGUGCACAUUGUAGACAAACCAGAAGUUCCAAAAGAUUGGAAGAUACCAGAGAUAAAAAUAAAAUGCCAGCACAAAAGGCUAAAACAAAACCCAAAAAUAAAACAUCAGAUGAUAAAAAAUCAUCUGUAGGUGAUGAAAAAACCUUAACAGAUGCUGGAAAAUUAUUUACAGAUGUUAAAAAAUCAUCUACUGAUAAUAGUUCAGUUACAGAUGAAAGACAAUCAUUUACAGGUAAAAGAAAAUUAUCUACAGAAGAUGAAAAAUCUUCUAAUAAUUAUAGAUCAUUUACCGGUGAUAGAAAAUUAUCUACAGAUACUAGAUUACCUACAGACAAUAAAUACUCAUCUACUGGUGAUAUUAAAUUAUCUACACAAGAUAGAUCAUCUGCGAAGGUAAAAAAAUUAGCUGCAGAUAAUAAAAGAUUAUCUACAGAUGAAAGAAAAUCAUUUAGAGACGAUAGAGCAUGUUCAGAUGGUGGAAAAUUAUCUACUGAUGAUAAAAAUACAUUUACAGACGUAAGAUGUAAAUCUGCAGAUGAUAAAAAAUCUUUUAGAGAUGAUAGAUCAUUUAUAGAAGAUGGAAGAUCAUUUAAAGGUGUUAGAAAAUCAUCUACGGAUGAUAAAAGAUCAAUUGCACAAGAUAAUUCAACUACAGAUGGUAGAAAAUUAUCUGCAGAUGAUGGAAGAUCAUUUGUAGAAGAAAGAAAAAUAUUUACAGGAGGUAGAAAAUUAUCUACGGAUGAAAGGAAUUCAUUUACAGAUGAUAGAUCAAUUAUAGGUAAUGAAAUGUCACCUUCAAGUGAUAGAAAAUCAUUGGCGGAUGAUAGAAGAUCAUUAAUGAUAGAAAAUUAUUGUACAGAUGAUGGAAAAUUAAAUGCAGAUGAAAGAGAUUCUUCCAGAGACGAUGGAAAUACAUUUACUGCUGAUAGAAAAUCAUCUACAGAUGAAAAAAAAUCACCUACGAAUGAUACAAAAUCAUCUGCAGAUGAUAUAAAUACAUCUGCAGGUGAUAGAAAAUCAUCUUCAAAUGAUAGAAGAUCUCUAACAGGUAGAAAACUAUCUACAGAUGAUAGAAAAUCAAAUGCAGAUGAAAGAGAUUCUUCUAGAGACUAUAGAAAUACAUUUACUGAUGAUAGAAAAUCAUUUACAGAUGAAAGACAAUCACCUAUAGAUGAAAGAAAAUCAUCUAGAAAUGACAAAAAAUCAAGUACAGUCGGUAGAACAUCUUUUACAGACCAUAGAUCAUCUACAAAUUAUAGAAAAACAUUUAGAAAUGAUAGAAGAUCAUCUACAGAUGAUGAAGAAUUACCCAUAGAUGGCAAAAAUUCAGAUGCAGAUGAUAGAAAUCCAGACGAUGGAAAUACAUUUAUAGGAGAUAGAAAAUCUACAGAUGAUGAAGAACUAUCCACAGAUGGUAGAAAUUCAGAUGCAGAUGAUAGAUCAUUUACGGGCAAAGGAAGUACAAUUAGAGGAGAUAGAAAAUCAAGUGCAGAUCAUAGAAAAUCUUCUGCAGAUGACAGAAAUACCUUUACAGACGAAAGAAUUACAUUUGCAAGUGAUCAAAUGUUAUCUAUAGAUCGAAGAUCAUCUGCAAAUAAUAGAAAAUCACAUACAGAUGAUAGAUUAUCUACAAAUCAUAGAAGAACAUUUAGAAAUGAUAAAAGAACAUCUACAGAUGAUGAAGAAUUAUCCACAGAUGGUAGCAACUCAGAUGCAGAUGAUAGAUCAUUUACAGACGAAGGAAAUACAAUUAGAGGAGAUAGAAAAUCUUCUACAGAUGAUAGAAAAUCUUUUACACAUAAAAGAAAAUUAUCUGCAGAUGAUAGAAACUUUGAUAGAUCCUUUGCAAGUGCUGAUGAUGAAAAAUCAACUACAGAUCAUAGAAAAUCAUUACUGGUGAUAGAAAAUCAUCUACAGGUGAAAAGGAAAAAACCUACAGAUGAUAGAAAAUUAUCUACAGAUGCAAGAAAAUCAUUUACAGAUGAUAGACAAGCUGAUGAAAAAUCAACUACAGAUGAAAGCAAUUUAGCUACAGGCGAUAGAAAAUCAUUUACAGAUGAUAAAAAAUCAUUUAUAGGUGAAGAAAAAUCACCUAGAGAUAUUAGAAAAUCAUCUACAGAAAGAAAAUCAUUCACAAAUGAUAGAAAUAUAUUUACAAAUGAUGGGAAAUCACCUACAGAUGCUAGAAAAAUACUUAUAGGUGAUAGAAAAUCAUAUACAGACUGCAGAAGAUCAUCUGUUGAUAGAAGAUCAUCUACUAAUGAUAGAAAAUUAUCUACAAAUCAUGGAAAAUCGUCUACAAAUGAUAAAAAAGCAUCUAGAGAUGAUGGCAAAACAGCUACAGCUAAUAGAUCAUUUAUGGAUUGUCAUAAAUUAUCUGCAGAUGAUAGAAAAUCAUUUACAGACGACAGGAAAUCAUCUACUGAUGAUAGAAAAUCAUAUACGAACCAUGGAAAAUCAUCUGCAAAUAAUAAAAUAUCAUCUAGAGAUGAUGGGAAAACAGCUACAACUAAUAGAUCAUUUGUGGAAUAUGAUAAAUUAUCUGCAGAUGAUAUAAAAUCAUUUACAGACGACAGGAAAUCAACUACAGAUGAUAGAAAAUCAUUCGCAAAUCAUGGAAAAUCAUCUACAAAUGAUAAAAAAUCAUCCAGAGAUAAUGGAGAAACAGCUAAGCUAAUAGAUCAUUUAUACGUCAAGAAAUCAACUAUAGAUGAUAGAAAAUCAUUCGCAAAUCAUGGAAAAUCAUCUACAAAUGAUAAAAAAUCAUCCAGAGAUAAUGGAGAAACAGCUACAGCUACUAGAUCAUUUAUGGAUUGUGAUAUAUUAUCUACAAAUGAUGGAAAAUCAUUUUCAGACGUCAAGAAAUCAACUAUAGAUGAUAGAAAAUCAUUCCCAGAUAACGAAGUAGAAAUGCAAGAAGAAUUACAAGACAAACAAGAUUCUUUUCCACUAAAAACUAUCAACAAACAAAAAACUAAACCCUUGUCUGUCAAUAAACAAAACAACAUAAAAAUCAAUCACAUCAAAACCAAGUUAUUAAAAUUGCAUGAAAAAAUGGCGAAAUGCAUUUCCAAAACAAUUUACAAACCUAAUAUCACAAACUCACCUGAUAUUUGCAAGAGAUACGCUUUAGCUAAUAGAAAUUUCACUGUUUUGGACUCGAUGAACAAAGGUAAAGAAAAUAGCAACAUAAAUCCUCUUGAUUUAAGAAUACCGGUUACUGAUAAGGAAACUGAUGAUACGGAUACUGAUGAAAAUGGAAUGGAUAUAGAUAUAUAUGAUAAUGAUGCAAAUGCUGGUGAAGGUAAUAAAGGAAUUAUAUUGAAAGACGUAGAGGCUCAAACAAGUUUUUUAUCAAACAGUUUUAAAGAACAAGACCAGGAAGUAACCAUUACAGACCAGAAAAGUGUUGAACCAAUUAUUUUAAACACUGAUCAAGAUGGUUCCAAUAUGUUGAGGAUAUUUUUGGACAAAAGGAUGCAAACAUUCAAACAAGUAUGA